CAGAGUUCUAAUAUUUUUCUUCACGUCCUCUGUGCAUCUGUCCGUCUAAUUCUAUUCUCCUCGUUUUUACACUUACAUCGCUGAAGCAAAAUCAUACACUAACUCUUCUUUGAGCAAAAGAAACUUUAUGGACUGAUAAAGGAAAGAAGGGAAAAAAAAGGAUCAGAACAGAUUUUUAUUCGAGAGAAGAGAAAGAGAGAGUGAAAGAGAGAUUUUUUCGCUGACAUUUUCAGUUCAGACUUGGAAAGAAGAGAUUUGAACCUUGGACGCGUUAGAAAUCACACUUUUUUCUUUCAUUCUGAGAAGGAGAUCUGCUGUGCUCGAGAAGUGGAAAUUUUCGAGUUUUAACAUUACGUUUGAGAAAGACAACUAGGAGUUCAAGGCCAUGUUCCACAUUUCUGUGCAGUGUUCCUCUGAUCUAGAAUGCAUGGAAACUCACAUUUUUUGAUUGUGGGGGAUCUUAUGAAGAUGGAUAUAUGGAGCUUCGACAAGAAAGCUCCAAGUUCGGGGCAUUGUCUGCCACAACUUCAAGGAAUCUUUCAUCUUCUUCUUCUGCGUUCAUCUCUGCCUGCCAGUCACCCUUCUUUUCUCCAAGAUCAUCAACAUGCCAAGUUUCAGACUUGAGCAAGCCUGAUAUUCCAAAUUCCACAACUGUCAUUCCCCAUAGUUCGAGUACUGAGAUUAAGAAACCUGAACCUUUGUCUGGCAGUAGAUUUGCCUCCUCUGAGUUUCAGCCAUGUCCAGUUGUAUGCAAUUCAAGCAAUGUGCAGAAAUUGACAUUACGUGAUCAUGUUUCUUCCUCAUCAGGAACUUUGUACAGCAACUCAUCUAGUUACAACCAGGGCAAUGACAAUUGCAACAAUUACUCCAUACACUCAGAGAAACAGAAAAAGAAAGUGAGAAUCCAUAAGGCUUCAUUCAUUCGGGGUCCAGCUCCACUAUCUUCUAAUAGGUUGAGAAGUUGUGAUGUUUACAUAGGUUUUCAUGGUCGCAAGCCUUCCCUGCUGAGAUUUGCUAACUGGCUACGGGCAGAGUUGGAAGUUCAAGGGGUGAGUUGCUUUGCAGCAGACAGAGCUAGGUGUAGGAACUCUCGGAGCCAUGAGAUUGUUGAGACGGCAAUUAAUGCUUCAACUUUUGGGGUGGUGAUCCUCACUAAGAAAUCAUUUGGGAAUCCAUAUAGCAUUGAGGAACUACGGCAUUUUUUGGGUAAAAAGAACCUUGUUCCAAUAUUUUUUGAUCUAGGUCCAAGUGACUGCCUUGCUAGAGACAUAAUUGAGAAGAGGGGUGACUUGUGGGAAAAGCAUGGGGGUGAGCUAUGGGUGUUGUAUGGGGGGUUGGAGAGUGAGUGGAAGGAGGCUGUUAAUGGCCUUACUCGAAUUGAUGAUUGUAAAUUGGAGGCUCAAGAUGGUAACUGGAGGGAUUGCAUUUUGAGUGCAGUGGUUCUGUUGGCAACAAGACUAGGAAGGAGGAGUGUGGUGGAGAGAGUGAAUGGGUGGAAGGAUAGAGUGGAGAAAGAGGAAUUCCCCUUCCCUCGAAAUGAUAAUUUUGUUGGAAGGAAGAAAGAACUAUCUGAACUAGAACUCAUGCUCUUUGGUGAUGUUAGUGGUGAUGCAGAAAAGGAAUAUUUUGAACUCAAGACUCGACACAAGCGAAAGAAUUUGGUGAUUGAUCGGGGUGAGAACAGUAGAGCAGAAGAAAGAUUGAGGUACCGGCAGGCAGAUGGUGGUAACAAGGGAAAGGAACCAGUAAUAUGGAAGGAGUCUGAGAAGGAGAUUGAGAUGCAAAGGAUUGCAAGUCCUCAAAGGCAGUACCGACAUCUUCGGGCUAAGAAUAGUGGAAGGUAUGGGAGGAAAAAGAAAUCAAAGAUUUUGUAUGGGAAGGGAAUUGCAUGUGUGUCAGGGGAUUCAGGUAUUGGUAAGACAGAGCUUCUUUUGGAAUUUGCAUACAGAUUUUCACAAAGGUAUAAGAUGGUUUUAUGGGUAGGAGGGGAAUCCAUGUAUGUUCGGCAGAAUUAUUUGAACCUCUGGUCUUUCUUAGAAGUUGAUGUGGGGAUUGAGAAUCAAUGUUCUGAGAAAAGAAGAGUAAAAAGUUUUGAAGAGCAGGAAGAAGUGGCUAUUUCUAGAGUGAGGAAAGAGCUAAUGCGGGACAUACCAUUUUUGGUGGUGAUAGAUAACUUGGAGAGUGAGAAGGAUGGGUGGGAUCAGAAAAAUAUAAUGGAUUUACUUCCUCGCUUUAGUGGAGAGACACACUUCCUGAUAUCCACUCGCCAGUCUCGAAUAUUGAAUUUGGAGCCAUUAAAACUAUCUUACUUAUCUGAGAUGGAGGCAUUGUCUUUAAUGAAGGGAAGUCUAAGAGAAUAUCCAAGUGUAGAAAUUGAGGCUCUUAAGGCCAUUGAGAUGAAACUUGGUAGACUAACAUUGGGUCUUGGGAUCAUAGGAGCCAUCCUUUCUGAGAUCCCCAUUAAUCCUACUAGGCUUCUCGAGAGCAUCAACAGAAUACCCGUAAAAGACUUACCAUGGAGUAGUAGGGAAGAUCCCCUUUUGAGACGACACACUUUCCUUCUGCAACUUUUGGAAGUUUGUUUCUCAAUAUUUGAUCAUGCAGAUGGACCAAGGAGUUUAGCAACUAAAAUGGUUCAGGUAAGUGGCUGGUUUGCCCCUGCAGCAAUUCCGGUUUCCUUAAUGUCUCUAGCAGCACAAAAGGUACCAGAGAAGCACCAACAUGCCCAUUUCUGGAAGAAGUGCUUGCAUGUCUUAACUUGUGGCUUAACAUCAAAAAAUACCAAGAAAUCAGAAGCUGAAGCAUCUUCUAUGUUGUUAAGGUUUGGUAUUGCAAGAAGUAGUACCAAGCCAGGGUGCAUCCAUUUUAAUGAGCUCAUCAAGGUCUAUGGUCGCAAUAGAGGAGUUGCCAGUGUUGCCAAAGCCAUGGUUCAAGCAAUUAGUAGCCGAGGGUCCAUUUCCCAGCACCCAGAACAUCUGUGGGCAGCAUGCUUCUUAUUAUUUAGGUUCAAGACUGACCCUGUGGUUGUUGAGCUGAAUGUAUCAGAGUUGUUGUUCAUCGUAAAACAGGUGGUUGUGCCUCUUGCAAUACACACAUUUAUUAAAUUCUCAAGGUGCAAUGCAGCUUUGGAACUCCUUCGCCUAUGCACUGAUGCCUUGGAAGCUGCAGAGGAGCCUUUUCUUAAACCAGUUGAGAAAUGGUUGGACAGAUCACUUUGUUGGAAGUCAGUUCAGUCUAAUGCACAGUUGCAUCCUUACCUCUGGCAUGAGUUAGCACUCUUGAGAGCUAGUGUGCUUGAAAUAAGAGCUAAAUUAAUGCUCAAAGGGGGGCAAUUUGACAUAGCAGUUGAUCUCAUCAGGAAAGUUCUAUUCAUUAGAACUUCAAUUUGUGGCGAGGAUCACCCAGACACAAUCUCUGCUCGUGAAACAGUAAGCAAAGUCACAAGGCGUCUCACAAAUGUCCAAUUGUUGAUUGCAAGCGGCCAAAUAGACACUUUAGUUGCUGCAACACCAGAUCUUUUCUUUAACAGAACUGUUAGGGGUUUACAGAAUUUCUCAAAUGUGGAACAGAGCCAUCUUUCGCAGAAAAAUAUGAUGGUGAAAUCGACAAAUGAGCAGGCAAGUUAAUACUUUUGUGCAUGUAACAAAUUAUAAACUAUUUCUAUCUGUAGUAUACAGAAUCACAGAUGCCAAUCUCCUUUCUUGACAUCUUGACAACAGAUAUUCAGUGAUAUAAAGUUCUUCAUGAGAGUAGGUUUUGACAAUAUGAAUCCUAUGUUAAUGGAAAUAAGUCCUUGAUAAUGCUGGAAAUAAGACUGAUAAUCAUUGUUAUAAUCUAUCUUAUCUCAUUGAAGUCA